UCGUUCAUUGAACUUUCAGAGUUUGGCACUUUAUAUUGCUACGAACGAAAGUAUAUUUUAUUAUUUUUGCAAUUUCUACCUGUUUAAUGUGUAUUUAAGUAAAAUUAGGACAAUAAUAAGUGUUAAUUUGUGUUCCAUCUUAGUUUUAUAGUGAACAAUGAGUGAUUAUUCAGUGAUUGAACUCUAAAGCACAUCACACAAUGGAAGACGACAUAGAUAUAGAGGAACACAAUGUCCUGGACAACCCUCGGAUUAAGAGCAUCUUCCCCGACCUGUCCAGGGUGAAGAUUGAGAUUGCUGAUGAUGAUGAUGGAGUGGUUGAAGAACACUAUGAAAUGCCGAUAGAAAACGCAGAAGGACUGUAUCAGUAUGAAUACAGUUUCGACAAUACGGAGGACAAUGAGGAACCAUUACAUUAUGAGGAGGAAGAGGAGGAACAGGAGGGACAGACAUACUUUUUUAAUAACCAAAUUAUACUGGGAUCCAAACCGCCUGUCGACUGGGACGCGCUCAAAAUGGAGGCAGAAACCUCCCACCCAGUAGUCGAUUUAGAAGAUUGGGGACCUACCCUCGAGUCCAGCCCUUGUUACUGCAGCACAUGUGCCAUCCUCUUCCCAACAGUCAACGCUUUAGAUGCCCAUAAGAUGAUCAGCCAUUCCUACUUAGUAGCCAUAGAUUUAACACCCAAAAACACAGCCAGAAAAAGCACAGUCACCUCCAAAUAUUGCCACCACUGCUCCAAAAACUUCCCUGAUGACACAUCCCUAAUUAAGCAUCUUUACGAACUUCUCCCUCUAAAUUUCCCAGUAAAAGAGGAACCGGGGGAUUCGGAGAUGCCUAAACCGAAGAAAUCGGUUAUCCCUUUCCCCAAAAAAGUCAAAUCGGCCACUCCAAUACAGAAGAAUGUGAAAAUUGAGCCGAAAGAAGAGUUAGAGCCGAUUGCAGAAGUGCAAAAAAGAAGAAUUCGGUUUAAACUGCCUAGGGAUGGGAAGUUCUUCGCGUCUUCCUCUCUUGUGCCUAGAGGGACUCUGUUUCAGUGUAACAAGUGCCAGAUAGGUUUCAUGUCGUGUUUCAGUGCGCUUCAGCACAGCAAAUACUGUGAAAAAGCUAUGGUAUUCGACAAAUGUGGUGUUUGUAAGCGAAAAAUACGCAGAAAAGACUCCGCCGUACACAAUUUGCAACAUCAAACUAAUGAUAAGUUGAAAAUCUACACGAUAAACAAAAAUAUAUAUGAUAAAGUGCUUUGCAAGUGUCCUAAAUGUCUGUCCUGCUUUGAUGAACUCGGCUUUUGGGCGCACUACAGCAAAUGUAAGAAAUCUGAGCGCAAAUCCACGCGCUGUCCCGACUGUGAUGUGCAUAUCGCUUCUACGAGGUACCAGCUUCACCGCUUAAAACAUACAACGAAGAAACUGACUAAAAAAGACCUAAUAGUCAUAGAAUUUCUUGACCAUCCCGCUAAGAACUUGGCUGAUAUAAAGCUAAAAGCUAAGGAGAUAAAAAAGAAGUAUAAAGAAAAGAUUAAGCAUACGAAGCAGGGUGCAGAUGUAGUCAUAUACCCACAUGACAUACCUCUAUAUUACUGUGAUUUCUGCGGGUGUUGUCAAUACAAACUGAGUUAUAAGGGUCAUGUAGACGGUAUUUGCAAAGGCUCCAAAGGAAAAAAGUACUGUGAAAAAUGUGGGCUCUGCUUUUCAGCCAAAAGCAUCACUAGCCACACUCGCUUACACGCGAAACGCUCAUUCCAACUUAAAGAUAUUAAAAUCUUUAACCUUUUAAACGGUAAAUUAAUGGAGCCGCCGAUACCAGAUAUGUAUCAAUGCCAGAAAUGUGCAAAGCACUUUUUAUACCACAAAAAUGUUCGUGAUCACAAAUGCAAACAAGAGAAGUUUAUUACAUGCAAAGUUUGUUCGAAAAAAUUCAACGUACCAGCAUAUAGAAUACACAAGAAGUUCCACAUUGUAGAUGAAUUUAUACCGGAGUUAUUAAAGAAAUACCAUUCGUUGCAAAGCGUAUGGGAUGUCAUAUAUAUGUGUCAAGCGUGUGAAAUUGUGCAUACAAGCUACGAUUCAGCUGUGACCCAUUCUCAAGGGCAUUUAAAUUACAUUAUUACAGAUUUCCAUAAAAUGUGUUAUAAAUGCAAUUUAAAAGUGGCUGAGAAAGAGUAUCAUUUGCAUCUGAAUCUGCAUUUGAAUAAUGUGGAGUUGGGCCGUGAUUCGUUCAAAUGUUUAGUGUAUAAUCCAACGGAUCUGUUCAAAAAGGACUGGAUGCAAUUGUUUUCUGAUUUGCCUGAACAGGAUCGGAGGCAGAUUUUAAUGAAGAGCGCUUAUAGAUACACACGCAGCAUCCGUCUUCAAAUCGAAUCUACAUCACUGACAGACAACAAGAAAUACUUUUGCAUGAAUUGCAACACAUUCAUGGACGGACCGGCAUUAUCAUCCCAUCUCGCGAACAACUGCGCAAAAAAUAAUGAGAUCACGUGCCAAGAAUGUCAGGUAUCUUACCUUUCCUUACAAAACUUAAUAGACCAUGAUGGUAAUCACGAAAAAAUGGCAGAAAAAUACACUAUUAUAAGCUUCAAUAAUGAAUGCGAUAAGGCUUUCAACAGCCACCUCCGAAUGCUUGAAUCAAAAGCCUCUUCUGAAAGAAAGAAGCAGAAGGAAGUCCCUUUGUCUAAACUAAGAGAGUUACUCCUCAAAGAUGUGACGGCUAAGAAGGGUUUUAAGCUAUAUAAGUGUAGGAAUUGUAACACUUGUGUGAGCUUAAAAUCGAGUAUAAAUAGACAUAAUUGCAUUCCGAAGAGUGAGAGGAAAUUCUGCAAGACGUGUGAACAAUAUUUUUCCGUUAAAAAAUUCCAAGUGCAUAUGGAAGCGCAUAGGAAAAGGCCUCAGAUUAAGAAGAGUAAUUUGCAUGUCGUACUGUUUACCGGUAAACAUCAGAUUAAAGAUGAGCUUUCUGCAAAGGUUUUUAAAUGUAAAUGUGGGCUUCAUUUCACGUCAAUGAAGACUGUUGAGAGUCAUUUGGAUACUUGCAAUAGUAACUUCAAAGUUUCAAAAGAAAAGUGUAGUAAAUGUGACUUGGUAUUCCCAACUGAUUUGCUGGUUACCCAUAUCAUAAAUCAUCAUAGCAAAGAAACAAAGAUAGAUAUUGUCAAUGUAUCUAAAGUGACUUACUUUAAAUGCUACGCUUGCUCUAUAAUCUAUUUAGAUAUGACUUCUUUUAAUAGCCACGCGCCAAAUUGCGAUCCAAAACACGGUGUCAAAUGUCCAAAUUGCAAAUUGAUUUUUGAGAAAAAGUCCUUAGCAAAACAUACAGCGGUUUGUGAAGGGAAAACGGACGCGUUGUAUAUUAAAAAGGUGAUCACAGUAAAGAAAAUUGUCAAGGAAUCUACUGUUUAUAAGUGUGAGCAAUGUGAUUUGUGUUACUUGGCUAAUAACACUUAUAAGUAUCACGCAAACGAAGCGAAUCAUAAACAUAAAAAUCCUUUACCUUGUAACGUUUGUGGGCUCAAAUUCACAAAUUGUUCCUAUCAAAAACAUAUUAAAUUACACGCUUUUUCAAACGAAGAUUAUAAAAUUAAAGUAGUAAACGGUGUUACAAGGCAAUUCUACUUUAUGACUGGUAGUAAUAAGAUUGAUGAUGAUGUGAGAUCACCCAAAAAACGUAAGCUAAAGACCGGUAAUGACGAUACUAGCCCUACAGCGAGAAAGGUACAAAAAAUCGAACAAGUAUCACCGAAAUUACGGAAAAAUCGGUCGAGAAUCGAUGAGCCGUCGACGUCUAAGGCAAAUGAAGACUUAAUAAUACCAGAUCAGACACCUAUAGUUCCAAAAGUCGGUAAAGAUACCCCGAAAUCGAGAAGAAGUCGGUCCAAGAUAGACGCAUCGCCGACUGCUAAAGACCAGGAAUUGAUAGUACCUGAUCAAAUUUCCGAUCAUUGUAAGGAAAGUGACGUAUCUUUGACCGAUAAAAAUGAGUCCAGUGAUGGAGCUGGGCUUUCAAAUAAACUAAAAUCGAAAAUAAUGGUGAAUAAAUACGGAGCGAAUUUGUAUAAAUGUCUGAUUUGUAAUCAACACUACAUGAAAGACUCAUCUUUUGAUUAUCACGUUAAAAAUCAUAGGAAAUUUGGUGAUACUGAGAAUUUUACUUGCGAUGUCUGUGGCUUAGAUUUCUCUAAACAUACUCUGCCUCGACAUAAAUUCGUUCAUCAUGAUAAGAUGAAACUAAAGGUGGAAGAUUUUAAGAUCUUCACAGAAUCUCCGUAUUCCCCUGCAGCCGAAAUCAGGGAUAAAAUAGCCCUGUUUCAGGCUCAAAAAGAGAGUUUACCGCCUGAAAUUAGUCCAGAAAUUCUCCAAAACGAAGAAAGUUUAACUACAAGUGAUAAAACAACAGAAUCUUUGCAAAAUGACCAAGAAAUGGUCUAUUUUAAGUGCUCGGAAUGUAACGUAUGUUUUGUAGACGCAAAAAUGUGUUUUGAACAUACAAACAAACAUGAAAUUUUAGACCCAAAAGUUUAUAUACAGUGUAAAAUAUGUGAAUUUCAGUUUUUAAUAGACUCCCUAAAAGACCAUAUGACUGUUCACCAUAAGGACGAUUUUAGCAUAGAAAAAUUAACUAUUCAUGAAUACUCGUCUCAAAUUGGGAUGGAGCCGAAAAUUGAGACUUAUAAAGCUAUAGAUAAGGUCCAAUCUCGAUUAGUUAGUACCACUACUGAUGUAGGUGUUUCAUAGAUUAUGUUAUAUGUACAUAUAUCUGUAGGUUAGCGUUCAUAGGCCCGCAUCGUACGCAUUCCGUAUAACGUCAUCAGUACGCAUCGCAUGUAGGCAUUGCCGAUGAUGCGGUCCGUACGAUGCGGAUCAGUGGACGCAGUUGUAUGGGUGUUACCACACCAAUCGAGCGAUUGUCGAUCGAUAUUAGAACGGAUUAGUCGACGUCGAUCAAUAGUUUCUACCACACCAAUCGAUCGAUAGCCGAUAGAUACCAUCGAUCGAUGGUAGAAUGGAUCGGUCGAUGUCGAUCAAUAGAUUCCAGCCG